AUGCCUCCAUCACCAGUAACCACAACCCCCGAAAUCUACGCUCUCCUCAAAGGCCUGCACGAAAAGUCCCUCACCCAAGAAUCGACCGUCGACUGGCGCAGCCUACCAGCACAAUGCACCGAUGAAUUUGACUCCAUCAUGCUGGACAAAUUCAUCGCUCUUGAUCAGGAUAAGUGCGAGUUCAUCUACCACCUGCUGCGCAGCAUCGAUGCCAAGACGGUCAUCGAGGCGGGCACAAGCUUCGGCGUCAGCACUAUCUACCUUGCGCUUGCUGUUGCGGAGAAUGCGAAGCGCGGUGGCUCGCCUAGGGUCAUUGCUACUGAGAAGGAGGCAUCAAAGGCGCAAGUUGCGAGGGCCCAUUGGGCUAGUGCUGGGAAGGGAGUUGAGGAUGUGAUUGAGCUUCGGGUUGGGGAUUUGCGGGAGACCCUGACAAGGGAUCUGGCAAAUGUGGAUUUCUUGUUGCUGGAUAUUUGGACACCUCUUGCUCUUCCUGCGCUCAAGCUCGUUCAGCCACACAUGAGACCGGGUGCAGUCAUCAUCGCUGAUAACACGAUCAUGGCGGGCGACUUGUAUCAGGAGCUCUUUGAGUAUGUGGACGCGGAGGGCAGUGGGUUCCGACGAGUGACGAUGCCAUAUGCAGGAGGAAUGGACAUGAUUGUUUACCAGUAA